GUCCAGCCAAUGGAGGCCCCUUACCGCCACCGAAGCAGAGGCACGAUGCGAUGCGCUGGGCGGAGCGCCUCUCAUACGUCAAGUAGUGCUCCUGUGGCCAUGUCGCUCUGCUACCUGCUCGCCACCACCGCCUUCCUAGCAGCUCAGGUGUUGAGCCAGCGAAGUGGAGGUGGCCUGUCAUGUCCGGAGAAAAAUGGCAGGUUUCCGAGCCCGACGCGAUGUGACACGUACGUCCAAUGUGAGGAUGGAGUGGCUGAAGAGAUCGUCUGUCCUGACGGCCUUCUGUUCAAUGCCAAGGCACGGUACUUCGCUUACCCCUGCCAGUAUCCUGUGGAUGUGGACUGUGAGGGUCGAUCCGGGUUGCAGACAAGGAAGUUCACUGCAGGGGACUGCCCUCAUCAAUAUGGCUAUUUUCGGCUUGGUGACAACAGGAAUUGUGGUCAGUUUAUGAACUGUGUGGACGGCAGAGGAUACGUGUUCGACUGCCCUGAAGGACUCGCCUUUAACCAGGACUCCUACCGCUGUGAUUGGCCAGACGAAGUUGAAUCCUGUGAUGCGGAAGCAUUCCUUGGUUUCAAAUGCCCGGAAGCUCCGGGUGUAUUUGGAGAUGACUACCGCUUCUACCGUAAUCCUGCUGACUGUCAGAAAUACUUCAUCUGCGUCAACAGUAGACCACGUCUUUAUAGCUGUGGAGAGGGUUAUGCCUUCAACGACGACGUCGGAGGCUGCGAUGGCAUCGAAAACGUUACCAGCUGUGCUCUGCCGGUAGGUGGUUCAACGGCGCCCAUUCCUGUCAGAAGGGGCUGACAAAUCUUACCUGGCGGCAGCAGGCAAUCUAGAAAUAAUUCACAGUUAACAUUGAUCCCCGAUUAAAGAUACAUUGUAAAAUGA